AUGACGGAUAUCAUCCCCAGCCAGCAGCAUGCUGUCGUCGUCCAGAACCCAGGACCUAAUUAUUCCAUGACAAUCAAAGACAACAUCUCGGUCGGCAAACCCGGUCCGGAUGAGAUUUUGAUGAAAUUAACCUGCACUGGACUAUGCCGCUCAGAAAUCCGCGCCAUUCUCGCCUGGGGCAACUACAACCCCAUCAUCGGACAUGAGGGCAUAGGGGUCGUCGUCCAAACAGGGCCCAACAUUUCCCAGUCCCUGCUCAACCAGCGCGUAGGCGUGAAAUGGCUCUACAGCGCCUGUAAUGAAUGUUCCGUCUGUCAGCGCGGGUUUCCUCAGAACUGCGCAAAACAGCUCAACACAAGCCGCCACGUCCCGGGCACGUUACAGCAGUAUGUCAUUGCGGAUGCGCGAUUCGUCACGCGAAUUCCCGAGAAUGUAUCUGAUGAGGUUGCGGCGCCGCUUUUGUGUGCCGGUCUUACUAUGGCUGGAGCGUUAUCGAAACUCGACAGUCUACGAGCUGGUGACUGGAUUGCGAUUUCGGGGGCUGGGGGUGGGUUGGGGCAUAUUGGAGUGCAGAUUGCGGCAAGGGUGAGGAAGCUGCGGGUUAUUGCGAUUGAUAGUGGUGAUGCGAAGAGGCAGCUUAUUUUGGAUUCCGGAGCGGAGGUUUUUGUCGACUAUAAAACCGAAGAUGUCGCAGCGAGAGUACUGGAAGUGACAGGCGAAGGCGCACAUGCGACCAUUGUCGUCCCAGGCACAAAAGAAGCAUUUGCGAUGGCACCGCAGCUGGUGAGGAAUUUGGGGAUCAUUGUCAAUGUGGGAUUGCCCCCGAAUGAGAUGGACAUUCCUGUUUCCGCUACGUUGUGUGCAGCGAGAGGCUUAUCUAUCAUUGGUUCUUCGGUGGGAACUGAAGACCAAAUGACCGAGCUGCUGGAACAAGCAGGAAGAGGAGAAAUCACGCCUUCUAUCGAGGUGUUCGAUUGGACGGAAACGCCGAGUUUGAUUGAACAGUUAAAGGACGAUGCUAUAACCGGCAGGGCAGUGGUGAGACUGCCUCAAUGA